GAAAGACCCAUCAACCACAGUGAGGAAUUAAAACCCCUCCGACCAGAAACUGUGGAUAAUUCUAUAGUUAAAUCCUCGAAAAUCAUACAUCGGAAAAUAUAUUUGAAUCCGUGAGUCUUCUUCUGCUGAAGAUCUGGGAAAGUAAAGACAAAGGGGGAAAGAUGAAGCAGGCGAGAUUUCUGGAUUGGUAUGUGAAGAUUGCAAUUGGAUCUGCUAUCAUCGGCGGAGGAAUGGAGUUCUUCAUGAUCAAGACCGGUUUCUACGACAAGGUUACUGUACUAGAAGCUGAGAAACGAGCCUAUGAAAAUUCCCCUGAAGCUCAAGCCAUGCGAGAAGCUCUUAAUCCCUGGAGAAACAAGGACGCUGCAGCUAAAAAAACUCCUUAGAAAGGUUCAGUCAUGAAGUUACUUUUACUCACUCUCAAACUUUGCAAAUGCUGCUUCAGCCUCUGCUAUUUUGAGAUAUUAAGUUUUUCAUUUGCUAAAUGUAGCAGCUUUGAACACAUUUACAUGUUAUGAAUGAAGAAGAUAAAAGAUGCUGAAAUAAAAAACAAAGAUAUGGGUUUUGAAGGUUCAA